AUGGCCGAUUUUUUACAAUCGAACACACCCGGCAACGAGGGGCACCACGUCACCGACAUGUGUGAGAUCGGCGGGGACCUGCAGUCCCAGCGCGAUGUCCACUAUGAAGUCAAGGUGCCUAGCGCCCUCACAAAGACCAGGCAGGCUGGGCAGGGCUCGGGGCGGCACACGGCGGAUGCUGGCCCGCUCGUCCAUGCGACCGGCAAGGGCUGGGUCAAAGAGCACAAGGGACAGUACUACGACGCGCUCCAUGUCAAGAACGGAAUCGUCAAAAUUUGUCUCGUCGAAAGCCAGGGCGGCAUCGCGCCGCCGACCAAGAGAAUCAUCCACAAAUUCGCCAAAGAGGUCGGCAGCGGCCCGAGCGCCGUCGACCGCACCGACUACGGCACAGCCUCCGGCAGCGCCCGGGGCUUCGUCCAGCACCACUCGCAACAGCUCUCGCGCGCCGCCGUCUGUGGCGAUGCGGGGCGUAGCCGGCACCACCAGAAGAAGGCCAUUCGCGACGCAACAGCCGGGGCGAGCGGCCGCCUCGCGGCGGGUCCGGCGAUCGCGGUGCUGUCGGUCACGCUGAGCGAGUCGAUGCUCUCGAGCGUGCUCUUUCCCUUCCUGCCUUGGUUGGUGCGAGACCUCGGCGUGCCUGCGGACAGCGUGGCUCUCUACUCUGGGCUGCUCUCCUCUGCCUUCAACGUCUCCAGCCUCGCUGGCGCAGUCGUGUGGGGUCGCCUCUCCGACGUGCACGGCCGGCUGCCGGUGCUGGCUCUCGGCCUGGGCAGUAACGCAGUCUCGAUGGUGCUGCUCGGCCUCUCGGCGAGCUUUCCACAGGCCGUCGCAGCGCGGCUUGUCGCCGGGUGCCUCAACGGGAACGCCGGCAUCGCGCGCGCCGCCAUGCGGGAGAUGACCACCGAGGAGACUCGCGCGCACGGCUUUGGGCUGAUGAGCCUCGCGUACGGCGUCGGCUUCUUCCUCGGCACAAACAUCGGCGGGCUGCUCGCCCAGCCGGCGGAGCUGGUCCCCUCGCUGCUCGCGGGCUCGCUGCUCGACCGGUUCCCGUACCUGCUCCCGUGCGCCAUCGCAACCUCUGGAGGGCUCCUCUCGCUGCUCCUCGUGCUGAGGCAGCUGCGGCUCGAGCUGCGGCAGCAGCGCACGCGGGAGAGGGGGAGGGGGCGGAGCGGCAGCCGGGCCGGCCGCACCGGGCGGGACACGGACCCGCUCGUCGAGGUCGGGGGCGCAAGUAGAGGCGAGGGAGGCGAGGGAGGCUUGAGGCGCCCCUCGCCGAGCCCAGGCCACGGCGCAGGCUCGGGCCGCGGCUCGGGCUCGUCUCGCCCGUCGGAGGGGUUCGCGCUCUGCGUCCUCGCGCAGUUCGGCCUCAACCUCGUCAUCGUCGGCUUCGAAGAGGCCUACUCCCUCUUUUGCGCGAGCCGCCCCUCGGGCCUCGGGCUCGGUCCCUCCGACAUCUCCGCCUCGCUCACGCCGCUCAGCCUCAGCCUGCUGCUCUGGCCGCUCGCCUUCCCGCGCCUCGAGCGGGCCAUCGGCGCGGCGGCCUGCUUCCAGCAAGGCGUCUCCCUCUUCCUCCUCGCCUCCCUCGCCACCCCGCUCCUGCGCACCAUCCCCGCGGGAAGGAGCCUGCUCGGCCUGCCGUCCACCGCCUGGCUCUGGCUCUUCCUGUCGGCCAUCUCGCUCGCGCGCGGCGUGGGAGGCGUGCAGGCGACAACCUCGAUCGCCCUCCUCCUCAACAGCCUCCUCCAUACCGACCUCGGCCUCUACAAUGGGCUCGCCGUCUCCGCCUCCGCCCUCGCCCGCUCCAUCGCACCAGCUCUCACCGGGUGGACCAUCGGCGCGCUCCACGGCUUCCGGGUCCCCUUCUACCUCAUCUCGUGCACGUGCGUCGCGACCCUCGUCGUGGCCACUCGCGUCGCCGCACUCGCCUCUGCACAAAGCCGCCCGCCGCCUUUGGACUCGGCAGCGCGGGUGCCUUUGGACUCGGCCGCGCCUCCUCCGGCACGGUCCAGGACAGGGGGAGGGAGCCGCCGGCGCGUGGACCCCGAGUCGGCCAGCGCCGUCGCCAGAAUCACCGCGCGCACGCGGCAGCGUUUGCUGGAGCUCCUCCGACGACAUGACGGUCGCGGUAGGCGGCUCGUGCCGACGGCGGAGCCAGCGGAGCAUCGUCGCAUGUCUUCAGGUGUCAAGGUGUGA